AUGAGUAAUACAUUUGAUCAAGAUUUUUGUCCAGCAUGUGGAACAAUAUUACCUUUGCCGGAUGGUUCACCAACUAUUCAAUGUUUGCUAUGCAAAAAGAUUCAAGAUAUAUCAGCAUUUCAUGGAACACAAUCAACUGUUCAUGUCGAUUUUCAUAAUGUUGAAGAUGAAAAGAAAACCUUAGACAAUAAUGAAACUGUAGAAGGCACACUAAUUCAACGAAAAUGUCCUCGUUGUGGACAUGAUGAAAUGUCAUUUACUACUAGACAAUUACGUUCAGCAGAUGGUAACGUAUUGUUUCUAACUGAAACUUUACUCUUUCAUAUAAUGAUGAUUGUGUUUUCUUUUUUUCUUCGCAUUGUAGAAGGACAAACUGUUUUCUUUUUAUGUCCAAAAUGUUCAUUUCAAGAAUUGGAAAAUUCUUAA